AGAACUCUACAUUAUGCACCCGAGAGACACAGCUCACUCAAUCCCUGUUCAUUCAAAAAAGAUGUGAAGCGUACAAACCGGAUGAGUUCGGGAGCAAACGUGCUGAAUUGAAUUAAUUAGCGGGCCGCGCUUCGGCCUGACUCAUUUAGAUUUACCUGUCUUCUCCUUGAACAACACUCUCACAGAUACAGCACUGCAGCUAGCAGAACCACAUCUAGAAAGGACUGUUCCGGCCAGCGAAAUACCUAACCGAUCCUCACUUGACAAUCGAAUUGAGGUCGUUCUCCUUUCCAUACAUAUGGCUUCAAAAAUGGAGGUGCUUGAGCUCUCAAGACUCGAUCAAACAGUGCUUCGAGUUUAUGUUCGACAGCUGCUGAUAUUCCCAUUCGCCGAAGCUACAUCUACAAUGAGAAGAGAAGCACAAACAGUGUUGACUGCCGGUCUGCUUGCGACGCUGAGACAGUUUCCUUUCCUUGCUGGCACCGUCGAGAUACUUGAUUCCGAGACUGGAGCCUUGACCGUGCGAUACCCGAAGAGCAUAGAUGUGGACCUAGUCUCGCGGAUGCUUACCGUUAACGAUUCCGACCUGGACAGCCUGGAAUACCAAUCCUUAAUUGAAGCUGGCGUACCGCCUUCCGCCUUACCUGCUGACGUCCUUUGUCCGUUUGCUCUGAGAUCGCAUCCUGGGAUUGACGAUCCUUACGCCGAGAUUCUGACCACCUUCGCGAAGCGAAAGCCAAUUCCUGUCUUUGCUGUGCAAAUCAACUUCGUCUCCGGAGGUCUGGUCUUGAGCGCGUACACUCACCACAGUGUUGUCGAUGGUACCGGUAUCGCGAAGAUAUACGAAACGUGGAGUAAGUGUACUCGUGAUUAUAGUGAUUCGGAAAGAAUCCCAGCUCAGAUCAAAGCCGCCGAUCUCAACAAGGCACGAAAUGCGCUCGAUUCUCUAGCUGAAGGCGCAAUAUCGAUGAAGCUCCCUGAGUUUCGUUAUCCAGGCGAUAGAGUCGAUCCACCAUUACGCAACUCUCCCUACAAUCUCAGCGCUAAACUGCUCGUCUUUUCGGCGGCAACUAUAUGUCAGUUGGCUAAUUCGCUCUCACAUAGCACUAAUGUGCGCAUCUCAAACUUCACAGCGCUCUGUUCGCUGGUUUGGUGUCAGGUCACAAAUGCUCGCCGCGAAGCUAUGCUUGAGAAGGGCGUCAAGGAUACCACACUUGGCAUCGCGGUCGACCAUCGCAAGCACGUUGGCUCACUUCUACCGGACGACUACCUUGGCAACUGCGCCAACGGAAUGAUCGUUCCCAUAGCACUCGCAUCGAUGCCAACAGCCGAAAACAUGAACGCUGAGAAUAUCGCGCCAGUUGCUCUAGCACUAUCAAGCGGUUUGGGCGAUGUCGACCUCGAAUGGUUCAAAACACGUCUGUUGGAGCUGUCUAAAAGGGAUAUAUCUUCCGAAUGGAUGCUUAACCUCGAAACGCGAAAUGGGCCUGAUAUCUUCAUUACGAGCUGGCAGCACAUCGGCGCUGAUACUAUCUGGGCUAUUCCCGGGACUUCAAAGACUGGGGACGGAGAGAGAUGGCGGUGUAAGCCUACCGCAAUCCGCAAGCCGCACAACAUGUGGGAAGGUGGCAUGCAGAUUCUACCAAGACAAAGGGGAGACCAAGCACCAUUCGAGAUACCACUGUGCCUGGAGGAAGGAGAGAUGGAAAGGACCUUGCACGGUCUAAAAGCUGGAAACUGGGUGGAGAGGGUCAUAGAUGCAUAGACGUGGGUUUGUCAGGGUUUAUUUUAUGAGCAUAGGAGCUAUGCCGAUAUUUGUCUUCAAGCGUCAUCUUUAGAUAGAUUCAUUCUUCAUUCAACUCUUGCUAUCAGAU